AUGGACAUUGCGGAUACCCUGCCGUAUGAUGCGGAAGCUGUUGCUGCAGAGGCCUCGAGGCCUUCGGAAAUUGUCAUCGAUGAUGGCAAUGUGGUGGAGGCUCUGGAAAGGCCUGAAGGGGACUCGCCCCCAGAGCCUUCCCAGGACACCCGUGCUGUGGUAGAGCCUGCCGAUGACUCGGCCACGCCCGAGUCUUCCCAUGUCACCCCUGUUGCUGUUGUUGGCACAGAGGCUGCUGGUGACAUGACCGUGCCCGAGUCUUCCGAUGUCACCCCUGUUGCUGUUGUUGGCGCAAAGGCUGCUGGUGACACGACCGUGCCCGAGUCUUCCGAUGUCACCCUCGUUAUGGUAGAGACCCCAUUGACAGAAGCUCACGGCCCCGAGGAUGUGUCCAGGUCUUCUGCUGUUGAGUGUGAUGUGGCUGCCGCUGUGACAGAGGAUGCUGAGGGCUCACAGGCUGUGGGGCAGCCGGCUACAGAGGUUGGAGACGAUGUCACUGGCCCCGCAUGCCCCAAGCCGCUAAAGAAACGUGUUCCCAACCCCCACUACAUCCGAUUGAAGAAGUACUUGCACGAGGUGGUUGUGUCCAAGCAGAACCAGGAUGCAAUGCAAAAGACAUUGAAAGAGGAAGCAGAGAAGGAGAAAGAAGCCAAGAAGGCAGCGAAGGCUGCAGCAACCGAAGCCAAGAAAGCAAAAAAAGAAGCCAAGGCUGCGGCCAAGGCUGCAGCCAAGGCUGCCGCCAAGGCUGCAAAGGAAGCAAAGCCAAAGCGCAAACCUGGGCGGCCACGCAAGGAUGAAAGUGUGGCCAGGUCUGCUGACGAGGCUGUGCCCAAGCAUGAUGUAGAGCAGCCGGUGCCGGCCCCCAAGGGCAAAGCCAGCAAGAGCAAAGGGUCGGCCAAUCCGACCAAGAAGUGCAAGCAGCCCAGGGAGCAGGCCGAAUCGGGCCCCAAGCCCAAGGCAAAGGCUAAGGGGAAGGGCAAAAGAUUGCGAGCAGCAGAGCCUGCCGAGCCGAUUGCCCCAGUUGCAGACCAGCAGCUUGUCGAGCCGAUGCCGGUAGCACGUGAGGCUGCUGAGAGCGAGCCGAUUGCCCCAGUUGCAGACCACCAGCUUGUCGAGCCGGUGCCGGUACCAGGUGAGGCUGCUGAGAGCGAGCCCAUUGCCCCAGUUGCAAACCAGCCGAUGCCGGCAGCAGGUGAGGCUGCUGAAAGCGAGCCGAUUGCCCCAGUCGCAGACCAGCUUGGUGAGCCGAUGCCGGCAGCACGUGAGGAUGCCGCUGAGAAGCGGCGGCGAAUGGGCUGUGGCAGAAAGAAGCACCCGGAGUUGGCAGAUCUACCAUUGUUUGAGUACGCCGAGCUGAGUGUUUACUGGACUAGAGUUGGGGUGGGCAUCAAAGUCAAAGAAGGAGCACUCCAGAAGAAGACACAGGUGUUCUACGUCAGCAACAAGCAGCUGUCUAUGCAGGAGAACAUUGACUUCGCAAUUUCAAUGGCUAAGAUCGUGGAGGUGAACCUGGGCGACUACGCUGGGGUUGCAGAUAUCCUGCAGGAGAAGAAGAAUAUCUUCAUGGGCAACAGCUGUCUCAUGCCGCUCCUCGUCCAGGCCGCGAAGUUCGGAGUCUCGCUCCGCCGCGAUCGAGGGAGGUCUCCAGAUCAUCCCAUGGGCAACGAGUCUUAUCCCAAGGUGGUGGCAGCGAACGAACUUGUCAGUAUGGAAACAGCGAUUCUGGAUGAAGCACUACAAAUCCCCGACGGCCAAGAGCACGCUGCUGUGGAGCAACAGACAUACACUGUACACUUUGCCCGGAAGAUCGUUCGAUUGGCCCCCAUGCUGUUGGACUCCGAUACCAAAGACUGGCUCCAGGUCGAGGAGAUGCAAACCAUCCAGGCCCUGUUCGAGGAGCUUCGCUACGACGAUGUUUGGGAUGAACUGGAGGCCUUGAUCCUGAAGGAAGAGGCUGCUGCAAGCAGCAGUGAGCCUCCUACGACUGCCAAAGAGCUCGCGCCCACUCAGCCUAGCACCCCAGGCCCAAGUCUCCUGAAUGCCACCCCCAAGUCCUCGGUGAUUCACUCGGGCCCCAAGAAGAAGCUUCGAUUGCAAUCCCCGCAAGAGAUCCGAAAGAACUUGUUCGAGAACAGCCCUGGAAGCACAAUUCCCGAUUGGGUGUUGGAGGAGGCUGCUGGGUGUCUUAUGGAGAGUGGUGAUGCUCCUGCUAAAGUUAGGGAGUCCUUGAUCCGGGAGGGCUCGUACGAGGAUGCAAUCGAUGACUGCAUCGACGAGGAUCUUGCAAAGGCUUUCGCGGCCAUCCAUGUUAAUGAUCCGUACCUGCCCUAUGUGACGGUGAUGGAUGGGUCAGGGGAGGCCAAGGCAGCCAGUGACAAAGCCGAUGGGGCUUCGGAUGUUUCUACGUGCACAGCUGGGUUCUCUUAUGAGGAGAAGAUAGCUAUGGAAGCACGCUGUAGCAAGCUGCUUGACCAGACUGCCAGGCUUGCUGAGUUCUUGAAAGACCGAGACUCUAUGAUCCUCAUGUUACGAGAGGAGUUGGAGUCGCAGAAGACAAUGAUUAAGAACUUGCAAGCCCAAGCAGCACCGGCCCCUGCCGCAGCUGCCACAGCAGCCGCACGUGCACCCGACACCGAGCCCGAUGCACCUGCUAGUGUCGUGAAGUUUCAGGACCUAGAUGAGAAGCAAAAGGAGGCUGCACGGGCCAAGUUGAGGCGGUUCUGUCAGCGCAAAGCUGAUGGAACACUGAAUGUGCCUUUAGAGGUACAUAAUCAAUGGAAGGAGGCUGGAACCGGGCGUGACAGACUUCUGCAGCUUUUUGUCGGGGUCAACUUCGACCGCGAGAAAAUGCUCCGACAGAUCAGCCUGGAGAACUCCAAGGCCAAGGAAAUGCAGCUGAGCAUCAAGGGGAACUUCUACACGGAGGAGCAGCUCAAGGAUGACUUCAAACUCCCGGAGUCCCGCAUCAAUGAGAUCAAGCUCUUCUGCCAGAAGCAUCCAAAGUUCCAGCGGCGGGACAUCUACAACGACAAGAUUGUCAAGUACUGGUAUGAGGAGGAGACCUCGGCAAUGAUGUCGGCUACGGAACGCAUGGAGUACAAGGAUUCGACAACGGUGCAGGCCGGUGUCGAUGUGGACGCUGAUGGGUUUGCGACAAUGGGCCAUGGCAUGGACUUCGACCUCGACUUUCGAGGUAUGGGGCCUGAGAUGCCUGGGUCCUCGACCGAUGUGCCAAUGCUUGCUCCGGCUGGGAAGGGAGCUGGCAAGCAAGGUGAUGCCAACUUGCCCAAUCUGAAAGACGGGCAAGACCCGUCCGAGUUCAUCGUUGCCUACCAGGAUGGUAUCUUGGCCAGGGCCACCAAGUUGGCUGACAUCUCAGGUAGGCUGGAGGCAGCCUUUGAGGAUACUCUCCGCCCUGCUUCGGUGACCACGUUGCUGGACAAGAUGAACAAGUGCAUGGUGGAACUUGAUGGUGUUCAUGAGCAACUCACAACGAUCUACGCAGAUGGCUCUGUCGAGGGCUACAGUCUCAAGACGAUCGAGGCAUCAACCCUGGAAGCCAAGUUCAAAGCUGUUCCAAUGCCGAAGCGGGCGGCCGGACCGAAGAGCAAGCCCAAGGCUAAAUCCGCACCGGCCGCACCGGUACCAGAUGCAGCCGUGACGCCAUCGGCGAAGCCGAAGUGCGCCGACAAAGGGAAGGCAGUCCUGGUCCAGCGGCGACGAAGUUGGUGGAAUGCCUGGGCAAUGGGGCUGGCCAAAGCGAUCCACGAGGAAGCCCCCGAUCUUCUUAGGGGCAUACGGCUGGUGAAGUCGAUUGACGCCUACGUCAUGUUCCUAUGUUACAUGUUCCUGAUUGGUUUUCAUGCCUUCUGGAACAUCGACCGGCAAGAGGAUCCGUCGCAUCCAGUCUUCCAGACUCACGAAGGGCACCUGGAUGCCUGCCUGCCAUAUUUUCUGUUUGGGGACGAAGGGCGAGGCCAUCGCAAGUCCCCAGUGAUGAUAUUUGCUUUUGAAGUGGUCCUCGGACUCCGGACUAAAGCAGUCUACGAAGAGAACAUGAUGAGGGCUCCCGGGCUCCGUGGUGAAGCUAAAGCUUUGCUGGCUGCCCAACAGCAUGCGGCUAAGCUGAGUUCGUUGAAAUCGCGAUUUCUGCUUGCUGUACUGCCACACCUUUGGUACAAGGGCAAGCAGGUGCACGUGUACCGCAACACGCUCGAUGCUUUGUCAGCAAAAUGCAAAGACCUUUUUCACUCCGGUGUGCAACACCGUGGUCAGAAGUUCUUCGGAAUCUUGCUGGGGGUCAAAGCUGAUUCACCAGCCUUGACGAAAAUGGGCAUGCUGAACCGAGCAUACAACAGGCAUUUCUGUGCUUCGGCCUUGAUACUCCUAGCCUCGUGGAACACGUGGGGUGCAGCUGCACUGAACUUUGAUGAAAGGAUGGUCCGGGCCUUCGAAGACUUUGCAUUUUGCUGCUCGGUGGAACUUCGAGGCACUCCACAUUGCAAAGCUUUCACCCGAGAUGGGCUUCACUUCGACAGGGAAACGAGUUACCCGUGGGCCGGAUGGAAAGGCAGCGACACGAUGUUGGUGCUACGCUGGUUGGUUCGAUUGAUCCGCUACGGCAUCCUGACAGAUGCAGGCUCUCGCUCUGGGAACGGUUUGCUUGCUCAGCCACCUGGUCCAGAGGACCUCUUGGAGUUUCAAAAAGACGUUUUGCAAGCUGUCCUUGAUGGGGCAUGUGCCAUGAUCCGCUUUUUUCAGAUUCUGAACCACAAUGGUGCUUGGUUGGAUUCAGACGAUGCCAAAACAAAGGUCUAUGCCGCUUUCACCUGGAACCUUCCCUACACAUGUUUCGACAUAUGGGCCUCCGUGUGGAACACUUGCUUGACAAAGGCUGUCAAUGGAUUCUAUCGCCUGCUUGCUUUCUGGCAGAGUCUAGCGAAGAUUUCGUUGGGCGGGUAUCUGAUCAAGUGCCACUUCGACUACAAAGACUUGACACGCUAG